AUGGAUCUGCUGCUGUUGGUGAACACGAGCCUGGGCUCCCCCAACGAGUCCCUGGCGCUGCUCCCCGCCUCGCCGUCCUCCUCGGCCCUCCUGCAGCCGCCCUCCCCCUACUCGCCGGCGGCCGUGGCCGGCCUGGCGGCGGUGGUGGGCUUCCUCAUCGUCUUCACCAUCGUGGGCAACGUGCUGGUGGUGAUAGCUGUGCUCACCAGCCGGGCGCUGAGAGCCCCCCAGAACCUCUUCCUGGUGUCCCUGGCCAGCGCGGACAUCCUGGUGGCUACCCUGGUCAUGCCUUUCUCCUUAGCCAACGAGCUUAUGAAUUACUGGUACUUCGGCAAGGCUUGGUGUAACAUUUACCUGGCGCUGGACGUGCUGUUCUGUACCUCGUCCAUCGUCCACCUGUGCGCCAUCAGCCUCGACAGGUAUUGGUCGGUCACACAGGCGGUGGAGUACAACCUCAAGCGGACACCGCGGCGGAUCAAGGCCAUCAUCCUCACCGUGUGGCUCAUUUCAGCCAUCAUCUCCUUCCCGCCAUUGAUCUCCGUGUACCGGGACCCUGAAGGAGAUGUCUUUCCCCAGUGCAAGCUCAAUGACGAGACAUGGUACAUCCUUUCUUCUUGCAUCGGCUCUUUCUUUGCCCCCUGCCUCAUCAUGGUGUUGGUCUAUAUCCGCAUCUACCGCGUGGCCAAGCUAAGGACCAGGACCCUCUCUGAGAAGCGUACGAUGCCAGAGGGGUCCUCCCAGACUGAGAACGGCUUGAGCCGCGCUGCCGGCGGCUGCACGUCCCUGAGGAUGCCGCUGGGAGAGAACGGACAUUAUUCGGCGCACCACUGGCGCAAAGCCUCUGAGCUGGAGGACAUUGAGCUGGAGGAGAGCAGCACCUCAGAGAGCAGGCGGAGGCGGAGCCGGGAGGAGCAUCGCCGCAAAAGCAAGAGCCAGUCCUUCUCCUACUCGUACUCCUCCAAGCACUCCAGUGGCCGCCUGUCCCGUGCGAGCAAUCGCUCCAUGCAGUUCUUCUCCUACCGCCGCCGCCGGAAGCGUAGCAGCAUCUGCCGUAAGAAAGUUGCCCAGGCCCGGGAGAAACGCUUCACUUUUGUGCUGGCUGUGGUCAUGGGGGUCUUUGUAGUUUGCUGGUUCCCUUUUUUCUUCAGCUACAGCCUCUAUGGUAUUUGCCGGGAGGCAUGUGAGGUCCCCGAGACUCUCUUCAAGUUCUUCUUCUGGAUUGGGUAUUGCAAUAGCUCCCUCAACCCAGUCAUCUACACCAUCUUCAACCAGGACUUCCGCAGGUCCUUUAAACACAUUCUUUUUAAGAAGAAGAAGAAGAACUUCCGGCAUUGA